CAUAUGUUCUACUUUCCAGAUUGCAAGGAUAUAGUUGUCAGAACUCCAGAUGCUGACUUGACAGAAACUUGAAUGCCAUUACUUACUUAUAGUGAAUUCCAGAGCAUCAUAACUCCUUUGAAGUACAAGGAUUACCAGUUGGACAACACCAAACAUUGAUAAAUCAACCAUGGCAUUAAAUUCUACUGAUUUUACUACUCUUUCAUCACUCAGUACAACAGUGUCCCCAAGUUCGACCUCCACUCCUAGUGCUGGGGGGUCUGAAGUUAUUGGGGUCGAACCAAUCUUCCUGCAAAAAACUUUCUCGCAGGUUAUUGCAGGUAUCUUCACAUGGGCUGCUCUCAUCAUCACGUGCCAUCAGAUCUACCAAUAUCUCAGAUUCUACACACACCCAGCAGAACAGAGAUGGAUUGUGAGGAUUCUGCUCAUCGUACCAAUAUAUGCAUUUGAUUCUUGGCUGAGUUUCCUUUUUUUCAACAAUGACUCCUACUACAUUUACUUUGAUACUGUGCGGGACUGUUAUGAAGCAUUUGUAAUCUACAAUUUCCUGAGCCUUUGCUAUGAAUACCUUGGUGGAGAAGGAAAUAUCAUGAGUGAAAUCAGAGGGAAGCCCAUCAAGUCCAGCUACAUGUAUUGUACUUGCUGUAUCUCUGGGAAGAGCUACACAAUUGGUGUUCUGAGGUUCUGCAAGCAGGCAACCCUCCAGUUCUGCUUUGUGAAGCCAGUGAUGGCAUUCAUUACAAUUGUCCUCCAGACCCUUGGCCACUACUCUGAUGGAGAUUGGAAUGUGAAAGGUGGUUACCUGUACAUCAUCAUUAUCUAUAACAUCUCGGUGUCCCUGGCCCUGUAUGGUCUGUUCCUGUUCUACUUUGCCACUCGAGAGAUGCUCUCUCCAUAUGAACCAGUUCUGAAGUUCUUCACUGUCAAGUCUGUCAUCUUUUUGUCCUUCUGGCAAGGAGUGCUACUGGCCAUCCUGGAAAAAGCAGGAGAAACCAUGAACCCAAAGGACAUCAUGACUGAUGCAAUCCAUAAUUUCCAUCCUCAGUAUCAGCAGUACACACAGUAUAGCUCUGAUCCUCGGAGCCCAGGACGUGGACCAGGCCACAUGCGCAUGGGGAGUGGGGGAUAUCAAGAUGUUGAUGAGACUCCUCCAAGGGAUCGAGAUCAUGGCAUUGGAGAGCCACAAAAUGACAGUCUUACACUCGGAGUGGAUGUUACUCCCACCCCACAGUCUAACUGGAAGUCAUCUGGUAACACUGACCCAUCAACUUCCACUAGCACAACCUCCACCAGCAACACUGGAGUUGGCCCCAAUGUCCGACCGAGAAGAUUUAAUGAAAAGACCACGCUACUCAGCUCUGAUGAAGAAUUUCAAUGAACAGCACCAGAUCAGCGAUCAUGACCAUGAUGUUGCCAUUGCAUAAUUUUUUCUUUUUCCCAACUAUUCCAUCAACACGAAUUCAUUGCUGAAUGUAUGGUAUUCUCAAGGAAGAAUGGCUUUGAACUCGGGUAUGGUUGAGGAACAUUUCUUCACUCCCAAAUUGAGGUGUCACUUUGGUGCUUCUCUUACUCUGGCCUACUACCUCUUGAGACGUGUUGGAAAGCAGGAGACAAGAUUUGUUUUUAUUUUGUUCUGUUGUUCAUUCACUGGUGUCGCACAGCACAUUUAUUGUUUUUCGCCAACCACCAAAGAACAAUGGCUGAUACUGCCAUCAGGACAAUUAGUGCUGUCAUUUCUCUUGUUUAUGUCUUUCUGGAGGCAUCUUGAGAAUAUUGGGAUGGCUUGUUACAAAAUAUCCCCUAAUUUAUUCUUGAGUGUGGUUGUUGUCAUCUUCAUCCAUCCCAUAUAUACCCUGCUGUUGCACUUUAACACCAGUUCUUUGAUGUGCCAAGCAUAUCCAUAUAUUCCAAGUUCAACUCAGCUCCAUCAUUGUCACUGAUUGAAUGCAAGGGAGUUUGAUGAGCCCAUAUCAUGUGUGUUUGAGUUCUGGCUACUUAUCUAUGUGUUUUUCCUUGGAUUAAAAGUAGAUCAUUUAAAGUUUAUUCAAAAUCAGGUAAAUACCACAGAUGGAAAUGGCACAUUCACUUUGCUUCAGGCUGAAGCUCAAGCAUGGCUGAUUCUGGUGGGGAGGAGGAUACAAGAGUAGAAAAUUUAGCAAAGCUUUUUACAUUUCAUUGACACGAAAUGAGAAAGGGAGGGGUUGUUAGAGUUGGAACUGUUCCCUACCUUGAUUCUGUGAUAUCCUCUUUCCUGGUUGUUUGGGGAGCUUCAAAUUCCUUGUUUCAUGGUUUUCAAGUAGAAGCCUUUUGUCACUAGUGCUGUGCAGUAUUUUCAUUGUCGCAAAGAGUGGAAAGGAGGUUGGCUCUGAGUUUUCAGCUUCCAGAAAGUUUAUCAGAAAAGAAAGCCUAUUUUUUCAUUCAUGCAACGAAGUGAGCCCAAGUCAUAGUCGUUAAUGUACUUUUUCAUUUUUGUGGUAUGAGAGGGAUCGAUUUCUCUCCAAGAAAGGCAGCUUGCUUUGUUUUUUUUUGUCUUCUCUAGUUGCAUGAUUGCUUGAAUUUGUGAUAGUUGACCAAGUCAGGUCUCCUUUCUUCCUUUCUUCAUGUUUGUGAUAGUCGACCAAGUCAGGUCUUUUCUCUCUUCUUUACUUCAUGGCGUUUUGGAAUGGCAAUUUCUGCCUAUUGGAUUGCGUUGUUUCUACUUCCGUAGACCCUUCGCUUGGUGUCAUUCUUCAUGUGUAAUUGAAAUCUCUUACGUUUUUGUCAACAAACGGUGCGUAG